UCUUGAUCUUUAACCUCAGCCAAGCCAGACUCAAGAUGCCCUUCAAUCCACACUACUUGUUGGUCGUCCUGACUCUCUGCUGCUUUGCUGCUCUUCACGCGUUUCCUAUGGGUGGCUUUGCUCCACGUGUGGCGUGUCGCUGCAUCCGGACGUCCUCGGCCUUCAUCUCUCCGAUGCGGUUUCACAAGUUGGAGAUCUUACCUGCAGGAGCCCACUGUAGUCGCAUUGAGAUCAUCGUAACCAAGAAGGACAAGACCAUCGUCUGUGUGAAUCCAGAGGCAAGAUGGAUCAACAAGGUUAUUUCCCUGUUAAAAAGUAACAAGGGAAGUGCAGGUGUCCCCGUCUCAACCACUACGGAUGGCAUCAACAUGAUAGUGGAACAGCUACAGUAAACAUCAUCACAUCAUUCAAAUCUGGAGCCAAAUGGAAUGAACACAAUACACAUCUACCUAAU